UGAAGGAUUUGUUAAGAAGUACAAGAAAAUGAAAGACAGGGCAGCUCUUUUGAAAGGCAGUUUACAUAAGAAAGUGAUGACCUUUGAAAGAUGGUGGUGUGUUUUAACAGAUGAACUUGAUCUCUGCAUUCAGUGAUCUGUGGAGAACAAACUGUAGAACUGAAGCCAUGGACCAAGAGCCAACUAUGAGGAUAAAAAAAGAGGAAACGGAUGAAGUACAAACUGAGUUAUGCUUCACGGGUCAGGUUUACCCAUCCAACAUGAAUCUAAAAGAAGAGUUGCAGGACAGUGCAAUUAAAGAGUUUCUUGUGGACCCAUUAAAGACUGAAGGCUGUAGUGUUUGGCUAAAGCAAGAUCCUGAACUGAAACAUGCUGAUGGACCUGAGCAUAAUGUCUUUCAGUCUGUUGAAGAUCCAUUGGAAAUAUCUUGGUUCACUGAUUUUAUCAAGGAGGAUCCUGAACUAAAUUUGGAAAUGAAUGUAACUGAAAAUAUUGUGGAAACCUCAACAAGAUACGGUUCUGAUAGUGCAAGAUUGACUCAGAGUACUGGUGGAAGCUGUGGUGUAUUGUGUGAAGAAAAUUGUCACCAUAGACUGGUCAACGAUGAGUUGGUGAUAGACAUGGAGAAGUCAACACACGAGUUUGGUACCGAUGCAGAAGAUGGGGUUAUUCAUGAAGAAUGCUCAGUUGCCACCCAAUAUGACUGUAGUAUGAGGAAAAAGGAAUUACAUGUAUAUAGCUGUAAUUUCUGCCAACAGAGCUUUCCUUCAAAAUACAGACUCAUAAUGCAUGUGUUUAUGCACAUUGAUGGCACACAACCACCUUCGUAUGUUUGUGAGUGGUGUGGUGAGGUGUUUCACAGUAAUGUUAGUUUGAAAAAACAUUUGAGAAUGGGUGAGAAUUAUCAAAAUUUGACUGUUGGCAACCAUGGAAAAUACGGCUUUAGUGAUGAGCAUCAAAGCAUUAUCUUCUUGGAUAGUGAGCCAGAAGUUUCUGUUGCAGAACGUAAUGAGCAAUCUUCAUAUGAGGAAACUAGGAAAGCUUCAAAGAAGUCCUCUAAUGACAUGAGUAAUGUACAUAUGAGAAAUGAUGCAGAGAAAACAAGUCAUUAUGGAACUUUAUCAACAGCUGUUAAUAUCAGUGCCCAGGCUAAUCUGCUUACUGCAAAAAGAACCGACAAAUGUGGUAUUUGUGGCAAAUUGUUUGCUAGGUCAGGUGAUCUCAAAAGACACGUCUUCAUACACACCGGGAAAAAACCUCACAAAUGUGAUAUUUGUGGGAAAUCUUUCGCUUUGUCGAGUAGUCUCAAUAAACAUUUAUUAAUUCAUACUGGAAAGAAACCUCACAAAUGUGAGAUUUGUGACAAAUCGUUUGCCCACUCAAGUAAUCUCAAGACUCACAUUCUAAUUCACACUGGAAAGAAACCUCACAAUUGUGAGAUUUGUGGGAAAUCUUUUGCUUUCUCUAGCCAUCUCAAUAAACAUGUAUUAAUUCAUUCUGGAAAGAAACCUCACAAAUGUGAGAAUUGUGACAAAUCGUUUACCCAGUCAUGUCAUCUCAAAAGACAUUUGUUAAUUCACACUGGAAUGAAACCUCACAAAUGUGAGAUUUGUGGGAAAGCUUUUGCUAGGUCAUGGAAUCUCAAGACACACAUUCAUACACAUCGGAGAAAGGUCACACAUAUGUGAUACUUGUGGCAAAUCAUUUGUUAGAUCAGGUGAUCUCAAGACAUAUGCAUUGGAACACAUUGGAAGAGGACCUCACAAAUGUGAUAUCUGUGACAAAAGUUUCACUCAAUUGGAUUUUCUCAAUACACAUACAUUACUUCACAUCAGAAAGAAACUACAAGUAAGUGUUAGUUUACACAAAUAGGUUUUCCUGGUUGGUGCCCUCAAGGCCUAUAAAGUAAUGAAUGUAGCAUGGGGAUAGUAAAUUGUAAAUCCUGUGAAAUAUCGUUAAAUGUGGUAUAAUUGUGAAAAAACGUGCAGUGUGUACUAUAGAGUGGUAACAGAUAAUUUGACAAUAUAAAAAUCCAUAUCUGCAGCUUGAGAUGUCAAGAAAUUCUAUAACUAAAUAAUCUAAAAACAUGAAUCAAAUGUCUUUUUGUCAUUAACACUGCUGCUUUUUCCCAUCGAUCUUGACACAAGAAGAUUUUGAAUUGUGAUAAAUUCUUACCUUUGUCAAUAAUCAUAAAUACCAUACAAUAUUGAGUAUAAGGCCAAGGAAAUGUGAUGACUUGUUGCUUAUUAUUCCAAACAUAGUCAUAAUGUAAUACUUGUAACUCUGCAUUUUAGAAACAGUGACAGCAAAAGUAUAUUAAUAGCACUUCCUUCACUCAGGCUAGUAAACUCAACACUGGAGAAACAUAAUUAUGGCAAUUAUUUUACUCAGGUAUGUUUUCUCGAGAGAAUUGCUGUGUGUGUCAUUAAUAGUGUAUACAUUUAUGUUCUGUUAGUACUAAUCCUGCAUUAGUAAACGUAACAACAAAUAUAGAAACCUGCUCACUAGCAUGUUUGUCCACCUUUGGAACACAAUACAUCGACAGUUCUACAUGAUGUGGACUUGACAUGUCGUUUACAUGUUUCUGGAUAUAUGUUGCAAGGUUGUAUUCUACACGUUCAGACCAUCUAAAUGGUGUGGUCGAGACAUCAGUGUUAGUUGCCAUGCUAUUCAGACCACUGUGGAACCUUUCUGCACAUGUGACAAGGACAGUUAUCCUGCUGAAAGAUGCCUUCACCAUGGGACAGCACAUCAGGAAUGAAAGAAUCUAUGCAGUUGCAAUAAAGGUCACAUAGUCUGCAACUUUCAUGUUUCCUUAAAUUACUACCAGAUGUCCGAAAGGAGCCCAUGUGACACCCCAUGUCAUUCACCUAGAUAGUAUAUCUGGAAGUGAUAACUGACCUGAUGUGACAGGAAAUGUCACCCAUCCUGUUAGUUGACGUUUGCAUUGACCUUCAUUCCAGCCUCCAUGAUCACUUGCCCACUGCAGUUGCAAUUGAACAUUUUGGUGGAUGGGUAUGGAAACAUACAGUGACCAUAUGUUGCAGAGCCACACGUUGAAGAAUAUACAUUGAAUUUUGGGCUCAAAAACUUGUAUGGCUGCUCCAGCGUUGUUAACCAUCAUUGGAUAUUGCCACAUGUCCAGCUUUACAGAGCAGCAAGCCUCUGACCAUGAUUUGUGAUGGUGUAGAUGUAUUACAACUUUUCGUAAGGUUAUAGAUUUAUCACCUUUAUCCACUUUCCACAGAUGUUCACAACAGUAGCAUAGAUCCAUCCUACCAGCUUCAUCACUUUUGAGGUGCUAGUUCCCAGCUGCAAUGCGACUGUAACUUGCCCUUUGCUGAAGUCCUUAUGUUUUUGGAUUUAUAUGUUUGCAACCCAUCUGAUUGGUAGAAUAAUUCCUUGUUAAUCUCUGGUCUGCUUAUAUAGCCAUAUUCUGCUUACUGCGUCAUGUGCAUUCAACAUGAUGGCAUUCAUUCUCCUCACAGGCAGUGUUCGUGACAUUUUUUGCUCAUCAGUGCAUCUUCAUGUAAAUAGGUCAGAUGUGAAUAUGUGUAACCUAACAAAUUCAUUGUGCUUGGUUGCCAUUUACACCAGUGCACAAUAGCUAUAUUUUUUGUGAAGUUUUUUUGUUUCACAUAUCUCUGUAAUGAUUCAGAUAUAAUGUAGAUAAGUGUUAUGCACCAAAGCUCUUAAUUAUUUGUUCAGCAUUUAAUAAUGUAUAAGUUCUACAGAAAAUGAAAUAGGUAUUUGUAUACACAAGAACAACACUUGGGACAGCUCAGAAUGCGAGUACUAAAUAUUUCUUGUGUUAUAUUCGAAGAUGUUUCUAUUGCGGAU